ACAGGGAAGGCUCUGCCUCCAGAGGCCACACCCUAUGUCUCCUGCCCCUUCAGACAGACUCUGUACUCUGUCCAUAGGCACAGUUGCAGCCUCCAGGAGGAAAUGCCAUGACCUUCACCUUCACAGCCCUGCUCUGUCUGGGACUGGCUCUGGGCCUUGGGACACCAGUGCUGGCAGGAUCUCUCCAUAAGCCUGUCCUAAGAGUACAGCCAGACUCCGUAGUCCCUGAGAAGACGGCAGUGACCUUCUUGUGUGAGGGGACUAAUAGAGCCAUACAGUACUUCCUGUAUACCGAUGGGGACACACAUUUAACACAGAGAAAGGCUACACUGAAUGCUAAGAACAAGGCUGAGUUUGUGAUCUCAAAAGUAAGCCAGAAUGACGCAGGGCGAUACCAAUGUUGCUCUCAGAUCAGUGAGGGAAGGGCAGAGUGCAGUGACUCCCUGGUGUUGGCAGUGACAGGGGCCUACAGUAAACCGUUCCUGUUGGGCCAGCCCAGCCCUGUGGUGACUGAAGGAAUGAAUGUCACCCUCCAGUGUGCCUCAAGUCAACAUUACAAAUUUGUUCUGACUAAGGAAGGACCACAGAAGCACUCAUGGACUCUGAGUUCACAGUAUAACCACUAUACUGGGCAGUACUACGCCCUUCACUCUGUGGGCCCUGUGACCUCCAGCCAAAGGUGGACAUACAGAUGCUACAGCUUUGACAGUUACAGGCCAAUGGUGUGGUCAGAACCUAGUGAGCCCCUGGAGCUCCUGUUCUCAGGGUCCCUCCACAAACCCACCCUCAGGGCUGAGCCAGGCCCUGUCAUCGCCUCAGGAAGAUCCAUGAACAUCUCCUGUCAGGGGACCCUGGAUGCAGAAAUGUGUUUUCUGCAUAAAGAGGGUACACAGACCACAAACGAGCUUGGGAACAAGUGCACACGCUCCAUUCCUUCUGUGGCACAGCAACAUGCAGGACAGUAUCGCUGUUACUGUUACAGCUCAGCUGGCUGGUCAGAGCGCAGUGACACCCUGGAACUGGUGGUGACAGGAAUGUACAAUGAUAACCCCUUCCUGACAGCACUGCCCAGCCCUGUGGUGACCUCAGGAGGGAACAUGACUCUGCAGUGCGUCUCACGGUAUGGAUAUGACAAGUUCGUUCUCACCAAGGAAGAUGAGAAAUUCUCCAGCUCCCUGGACUCACAAUACAUAUACAAGAAGGGGCACCACCAAGCCACAUUCUCUGUGGGCUCUGUGACCCCAGUCCACAGCGGGACAUUCCGAUGUUAUGGUUACUUAAAGAACACCCCACAGUUGUGGUCAGUACCCAGUGACGCCCUGAAAAUACACAUCUCAGGCCUGUCCAAGAAGCCCUCCCUGCAGACUCAGCAAGGCCACAUCCUGGACCCUGGAAAGAGCCUCACCCUGCAGUGUUGCUCUGACAUCAACUAUGACAGAUUUGCUCUGUACAAGGUGGGGGGAACAGACUUCACCCAGCAUCAUGGCCAGAGGACCCAGGCUGGCCUCUCAGUGGCAAACUUCACACUGGGCUCUGUGAGCAGAACUACCGGUGGCCAGUACAGAUGCUAUGGUGCACACAACCUCUCCUCUGAGUGGUCAGCCUCCAGUGACCCCCUGGAUAUAUUGAUCUCAGGAGAGAUUCCUGCAACUCCUUCCCUCUCAGUGAGGCCAAACUCCACAGUACAGUCUGGAGACGACGUGACCCUGCUGUGUCAGUCAACAUACACAGUGGACACUUUCAUUCUGUCCAAGGAGGGAGCAGCACACCAACCCCAGCGAAUGAAAUCCAAGUCCCAAGAUUGGGGGUCCCAGGCUGAAUUCUCCAUGAGUGCUGUGACCUCUGCCCUCUCAGGCACCUACAGGUGCUAUGGUUCUCGAGACUCAUCUCCCUACCUGCUGUCACAUGCCAGUGCCCCUGUGGAGCUCUCUGUCUCAGCCACAGCAUCAGAGAACCAGGACCACACAGUGGAGAAUCUCAUCAGGAUGGGGAUUGCUAUCCUGGUCCUCAUAGUCCUUGGGAUUCUGGUCUUAGAGGCUUGGAGCAGCCAGAAACCGAGCCAUCAUGUACCCGAGAUACAGCCUCCAGGAGGAGAUGCCAUGACCUUCACCUUCACAGCCCUGCUCUGUCUGGGACUGGCUCUGGGCCUUGGGACACCAGUGCUGGCAGGGGCCUACAGUAAGCCCACCCUCUCAGCCUUGCCCAGCCCUGUAGUGAUUGAGGGAGGAAAUGUCACCCUCCAGUGUGUCUCAAGUCAACGAUGUUGCAAGUUCAUUCUGACUAAGGAAGGAACACGGGAGCGCUCCUGGACAUGGAACUCACGGUAUAACCACUCUACUCGGCAGUACCAGGCUCGUCUCCCUGUGGGUCCUGUGACCUCCAGCCAAAGGUGGACAUUCAGAUGCUACAGCUUUAAUAACAACAGCCCACUGGUGUGGUCAGAACUUAGUGACCCCCUGGAGCUCCUGUUCUAUGGGACCCAACACAAACCCACCAUCUGGGCUGAGCCAGGCACUGUGGUUGCCAUAGGAAGCCCCAUGAACAUCUCAUGUCGAGGGGCCCUAGAUGUAGAAAUGUAUUUUCUGCAUAAAGAGGGAAGCCAACAAACCUGGGGUACACAGACCCCAAAGAAGCCUGGGGACAAGUCCACAUUCUCCAUUCCUUCUGUGACAGAGGACAGUGGGGGGCAAUAUCGCUGUUACAGUUACAGGUCAUCUGGCUGGUCAGAGCGCAGUGACAGCCUGGAGCUGGUGGUGACAGGAAUCCACGACACUAAACCCCUCCUAACUGCACUGCCCAGCCCUGUGGUGACCUCAGGAAUGAAUGUGACCCUCCUGUGUGUCUCAUGGGUGGGCUAUGACAAGUUCAUUCUCACGAAGGAAGAUCAGAAGUUCUCCAGCUCCCUGAACUCACAGUACAUACACAGUAUUAGGCAGUACCAAGCCUAUUUUUCUAUAGCUCGUAUGACCCCAGAUAAUACAGGGACGUUCCAAUGCUACGGUUGCUACAAGCAAACCCCACAGUUGUGGUCAGGACCCAGUGACCCUCUAGAAAUACACAUCUCAGGCCUGUCCAAGAAGCCCUCCCUGCAGACUCAGCAAGGCCACAUCCUGGACCCUGGAAAGAGCCUCACCCUGCAGUGUUGCUCAGACAUCAACUAUGACAGAUUUGCUCUGUACAAGGUGGGUGGAACAGACUUCACCCAGCAUCAUGGCCAGAGGACCCAGGCUGGCCUCUCAGUGGCAAACUUCACACUGGGCUCUGUGAGCAGAACUACCGGUGGCCAGUACAGAUGCUAUGGUGCACACAACCUCUCCUCUGAGUGGUCAGCCUCCAGUGACCCCCUGGAAAUCAUGAUCACAGGAGAGAUUCCUGCAUCUCCUUCCCUCUCAGUGAAGCCAAACUCCACAGUACAGUCUGGAGACAACGUGACCCUGCUGUGUCAGUCAACAUACACAGUGGACACUUUCAUUCUGUCCAAGGAGGGAGCAGCACACCAACCCCAGCGAAUGAAAUCAAAGUCCCAAGAUCGGGGGUCCCAGGCUGAAUUCUCCAUGAGUGCUGUGACCUCUGCCCUCUCAGGCACCUACAGGUGCUAUGGUUCUCAAGACUCAUCUCCCUACCUGCUGUCACAUGCCAGUGCCCCUGUGGAGCUCUCUGUCUCAGGAGAGGUGACCCUGAACUCUACAGGCCUGGAAAGGUACCUGAAGGCUCUGAUCGGAGUCUCUGUGGCCUUCCUCCUGUUCCUCUUCAUCCUCAUCUUCCUCCUCCUCCGACGAAAGCAUCAGGGAAAGUUCAGGAAGGAUGCCCAGAAAGAGACAGAACUGCAACUUCCUGCAGGAGCUAUAGAGCCAGUAAUCAGACACAGAGGCCGCCAGAAGAGAUCCAACCCAGCUGCUGCCACCCAGGAAGAAAGUCUUUACGCUUCAGUGGUGGACAUGAAACCGCAGGAUGGUGUUGAGGUGCACAGUUCGAGGCCACCUGAGGAAGACACCCAGGGAGAGACAUAUGCCCAGGUGAAAGACCCCAGCCUCAGGAGGGCAGACGCUUCGGCCGUGUCUAGAGAAGACCCAGAAACAAAAGAUGAACAAGCAGAAGAGGACAGAGAGACACACACUCAGGCUGCUGAAUCUGAAGAGCCCCAGGAUGUGGUCUAUGCCCAGCUGUGCAGCAGGUCACUCAGACAGGGAACCCCUGCACCUCCUCCCUCCCAGGCUGGAGAAGCCACAGAGGAGCCCAGUGUGUAUGCUGCUCUGGCCGUGGCUCGACCAGGUCCUGUUCCCAAUAACAAAGAACAAUGACCCUCUGCCAUGAGGCCUACAGAGACCUCCGAAGGAUUCUGUGAACUUUUGGGAACCUGGCUGCAUUUUAACUAACAUCAUAUACUUGGAAAUAAAGCACAUUUCUCAAUAA